CGCUGCCAGCACCGGGGCGACAGUCGGCAGCCGGGCCGGGCCGAGAAGCAGGUGGGCCGGAGGCCGAGUCUGCCGCGCGGGCCCUCCGAGCGAGCCCAGGCCGAGCGGCGGCGUCUGGCUGCGGGCGGCGCCGCCAAGCCCCAGCGGGGACGAUGUUCAGCGUGGAGUCAGUGGAGCGGGUGGAGCUGUGCGAGAGCCUCCUCACUUGGAUCCAGACAUUUAAUGUGGAUGCACCAUGCCAGACUGUGGAAGAUUUAACGAAUGGGGUUGUGAUGGCCCAGGUUCUUCAAAAGAUAGAUCCUGCAUAUUUUGAUGAAAAUUGGCUAAACAGAAUCAAAACCGAAGUAGGAGAUAAUUGGAGGCUAAAGAUAAGCAACUUAAAGAAAAUUUUAAAAGGAAUCUUGGAUUAUAAUCAUGAGGUUUUAGGACAGCAAAUUAAUGACUUUACCCUUCCUGAUGUGAACCUCAUCGGGGAGCAUUCUGACGCAGCAGAGCUUGGCAGGAUGCUUCAGCUCAUCUUAGGCUGUGCCGUGAACUGUGAACAGAAGCAAGAGUACAUCCAAGCCAUUAUGAUGAUGGAGGAAUCUGUUCAGCAUGUUGUCAUGACAGCCAUUCAAGAGCUAAUGAGUAAAGAGUCUCCUGUUUCUGCUGGAAAUGACACCUAUGUUGACCUUGAUCGCCAGUUGAAGAAAACUACAGAGGAACUAAAUGAAGCUUUGUCAGCAAAGGAGGAAAUUGCUCAAAGAUGCCAUGAACUGGAUAUGCAGGUGGCAGCAUUGCAGGAGGAGAAAAGUAGUUUGUUGGCAGAGAAUCAGAUAUUGAUGGAAAGACUCAAUCAGUCUGAUUCUAUAGAAGAUCCUAACAGUCCAGCAGGAAGAAGGCAUUUGCAGCUCCAGACUCAAUUAGAACAGCUCCAAGAAGAAACAUUCAGACUGGAAGCUGCCAAAGAUGAUUAUCGAAUACGCUGUGAAGAGUUAGAAAAGGAAAUCUCCGAACUUCGGCAACAGAAUGAAGAACUCACCACCCUGGCCGAUGAAGCUCAGUCUCUAAAAGACGAGAUCGACGUGCUCAGGCAUUCUUCUGAUAAAGUGUCUAAACUAGAAGGUCAAGUGGAAUCUUACAAAAAGAAGCUAGAAGACCUCGGUGAUUUGAGGCGGCAGGUUAAACUCUUAGAAGAGAAGAAUACUAUGUACAUGCAGAACACUGUCAGUCUAGAGGAAGAGUUAAGAAAGGCCAAUGCAGCUCGAAGCCAACUUGAGACCUACAAGAGACAGGUAGUAGAACUGCAAAAUAGAUUAUCUGAAGAAUCGAAGAAAGCAGAUAAAUUAGAUUUUGAAUAUAAGCGGCUAAAAGAAAAAGUUGACAGUCUUCAAAAAGAAAAGGAUAGAUUAAGAACAGAAAGGGAUUCUCUGAAGGAAACCAUUGAAGAGCUUCGUUGUGUACAGGCUCAAGAAGGGCAGCUCACAACUCAAGGGUUGAUGCCUCUGGGAAGUCAGGAGUCUUCAGACAGUCUGGCAGCAGAGAUUACUACACCUGAAAUCAGGGAGAAACUUAUUCGUCUUCAGCAUGAGAACAGGAUGUUAAAAAUUAACCAAGAGGGUUCAGACAAUGAAAAAAUUGCCUUAUUGCAGAGCCUUCUAGAUGAUGCAAACCUACGCAAGAAUGAACUGGAGACAGAAAAUAGGCUGGUGAAUCAAAGACUUCUGGAAGCACAGUCACAAGUUGAGGAACUGCAAAAGUCUUUACAGGAUCAAGGCUCAAAAGCAGAAGAUUCAGUUCUUCUAAAAAAGAAGCUUGAAGAACAUCUAGAGAAGCUGCACGAAGCCAAUAAUGAACUGCAGAAGAAGAGAGCCAUUAUCGAAGAUCUUGAGCCAAGAUUUAACAACAGCUCCUUAAAAAUUGAAGAACUACAAGAAGCUUUACGGAAGAAAGAAGAAGAAAUGAAGCAAAUGGAAGAACGAUAUAAAAAAUACUUAGAGAAAGCCAAAAGUGUUAUCCGUACUUUAGAUCCUAAACAGAAUCAAGGAGCAGCACCAGAAAUACAAGCUCUUAAAAAUCAGCUCCAGGAACGGGACCGACUGUUCCACUCCUUAGAGAAAGAAUAUGAGAAAACGAAGAGUCAGAGAGAGAUGGAGGAGAAAUAUAUUGUUAGUGCCUGGUACAAUAUGGGAAUGACACUGCAUAAAAAGGCAGCUGAAGACAGACUGGCUAGCACAGGUUCCGGGCAGUCAUUUCUGGCUAGACAGAGGCAAGCAACCAGCACACGGAGAUCUUACCCCGGCCAUGUUCAGCCAGCUACAGCAAGGUAGAGAAGUAUUGCCAUUAGAAACAAAAAACAGCCUGCAUUCAAAGCAUACUUCUGUUCCAUAUAACAACAUUUCAGGAAAUUCAGCCAGCUUAUUUUUUGUUUCUCUUCUCUGUUAACAUGGAGUGUUUCUCAUUUGGGGACUUUUUCUCUCUCCUGUAUCUUUGUUUUAGAUUCUUUGUCCUUUAUUUUGUAGUCCUUUCAGUUCCUUUUAAUGUGCCAAAAAUUUAUACAUGUCCAAUUAAAAAUGUUGUAUAAUAGUGUAAUACUUUUCUUUGUAUGAAAAUGUCCUCUUCCCCAAAGGUGUAGGCUUUGUAAUGAAUUAGAUUUUCUGCCAAUAAUUGAUACACAAUUUAUAUUCCUUAUUGUGCCUAUGUGUUAUCAUGCUUUAUAAGAAUGUCUUUGUUUAAAGGGAAUUAAUCUUUUUAUGAUGUAUUAAUCUCUGUUUUCAAUUGUUUUCCAAAUGCACUUCAAAUAACUUGCAUAUUUACUAUACAAAAUGGUUGACAAGUGUUCUUUUUGCAAAGACGUAAAUACAUUGGCAGAGGUGCUAAUCAGAUAUUAUUUAAGGCACCUGGUAGAAUUAUUUAGAGAAAAAAUGAGUUUUCACAUUAUUUUGUAGGAAAUUUAAAUUUGUCCAUAGAUUUGGAGACUAUUUUUAAAACAUAAAUAUGUAAAAUUUCAUUAUUUCUUGCUAUCUUGUUUGCUGGCAGAAGUGAAUGCACUGGUGAGGUUAUUUGGGGGUAUAUUACAGAAAAAAAAAAGAUCAGGCAGUACAUUAAUUUUUUUGUUUGUUUUGGAAUAUCUUAGUAACUGAGGAUCUGAUGCUAACAAUAUGGUUGACAUUUAUACUUUCAGUUGCUCUCCACAUCUGAAAGAUUUAUUUAUCUUUCGUACGUAUACUUACAAGUUAUACGUAGCCUUACCUUUUGGGCUGUUUGUUCACUUGUGCCUCAUUUGUUUUGCUUAGUCCUUAAUGUAAACCCUUCCAUUUCUCAAUAAUUCCUAACAAUUAACAUCUUAAAAUCAGUCAUUAAGAUUAAUAAGUAACUUCUUAUAUGUGAUAUUAUGAUAAAUCUCUACAUUUUUUUCUUACGUCUAUUUACUAGUACAGGAAUUUGUUACUAAAUAGAUUUUCUUUGGUAUUGGGUUGCCUCAAAAUGCUUAUUCCUUUUGUCCACAGAUUGUAAACCACAUUUAUUUACAGUGAUGAAUGGCUGCCAAGUGAUCACAGUAAAGCACUGUGUAUAUGUAAGGUGCUAUAUAAAUGCGAAAUAUCAUUCAUUUGAAAAUGAGAUGUCUUCGGUCUAACUUUCCACGUUGACUUGUUUAAGUAUCUGAUCCCAAAUUAUAUUUAAGUUUCCCUCUGUCCCUUUUUUGGUACCGCAGCCCAUUUUUUUAAAAGCAAAAAAUUUUUGAAAUUAGGCGAGUUUUUUGUUUGUUUUUAGAUAGGUCACCUACUAGGAGGAUGUCAUUUCAUGUACUUGCUCUUUGGAAGUUCAGGUUUCAUUUAGUUCUGUAUAUUAAAUAUAAAUAAUUUUAAAUUAAGCUAAAUAUAAUUAAGAAAUUUUCAAAACUAUAUUCGUGUGUUUAAUUUUAAGUCCUUAUUUCCUUUUUAUAUAAGAAAGCUGACCUCAAAAUCAGUGGUGUUUUUAUUUGUCCUCAGAAACUAUUUGGAGAAAGGUAUCAGAAUAUGCACAGAAAUGCCUCGUGCGCUGUGCUGACUGUAUUCAGUGCAGAAGUCUGCGCACUGCGUGAGCCUCCUGCCUGCUGGGACCGCGAAGCAGCAAGAGCUAGUGAUGAGGGAGAGCCGCCUGGUGGGCUGGCAGGAGGCCAGGCAGACCUGAGCCACAUGCAGAGUUUUGCAAUAAAAGAUUAAAAACUAAGAUGGUUCUUACCCCCCACCCUUAUUUCACAAAUAGCAUAAGGAUUCAGCUGUUUUUAAAACAAAUUAGGACAGGAACACUAACCUUGGUGAAAUUUAAAUUAUUGGGAAAUUAUAUGUGCAGGUGAGAUAGAUGAAAGCAAGAAUCUAUGAACUAUGAUUAAAUAAACUCUAUUCUGUGAUAAGAAGUUUUAAUUUUUGUUCCCUGUUUAUUGCCCAGUUCUGUUUCACCCAUCCAGAUAUUUUUCUCUAAUUGGGUUGGAAAGGUGCCAAGCUUCUAGAAAGGAGCUUUAAUUCUGAUUUCCCCCAGCAUCUGUCGUAUGCUCUCAUCGUGGUGUUUACAUUAUAACUUUCACUCUCCUCUAUGGCACCUUUAAAAUUUGGUUUAUUACUUUCAUUACAGAGAGGCAAUUCUGUUUCUAAACAUUUUAUGAUGGUUAAAAACAAAACAAAACAGGCUUUUAUAAAAAAAUAGCUUCCGAAUAUACUUUCAGGUGUCAAAGCUAAGAAUAAAACAUAACCAACAGUGGCAACUGUUUCUUUUGCCCAGCUUUGGACAGUAAUGAGUAAUAAUUUCUCAGGAGGAUUGUGAUGACGUAUGGUCUAUCUGGAAGGUAAAAGACACCAGGAGCCUUGCUAGAUGGGAGUGAUGCUGUGCUGUAUUUUCACCAAGUCCCUGGAGCCCCGUCUGCUCCUGCGGGCAGCAGCAGUGGAGUAAACACAGUGUCGAUCCGUUAGGGUGGAGUGAGCUGUCCCCAGGGUCUGAAUUCCUGCAAACAAACAGCUCAUUUUUUGUUCUCAUUCUAACCAGGGUAAGAGUAUAAAGGUAAUAACUAAAGAAUAUUAAAGCAGCCUUUGCGUUCCACAGCGUGUAUUUAAGUUUGUAAUAGGGAAAGAAUCCAGCAAAACAGUAGUUUAUAACAUCUGAAAAGAGAAUAAAUUAUACAAUUGUACUUAUUUUAAAGGAACUUUGAAAAACUCAAUCAAAUCUUUUUAUCAUUUGUCUAACUACUUGAUAAUAACCAAGAAAAAAAUCCCUAAAUAAAGGACCCAUGUUCCAAAAUUUAUCAAGAUUGAUUUAUUUCUAGUAGAUAUCCUUAAUCUGGUAAAAUUGGCUUAAUGAGAUGAUUACAUUAUAAUAAAGGUAAUAUUGUGGUCUGUAAUUUUGUUGAGGUUUUAUUGUUUUGUUAAUAUACAAAAAAGCUCAAUUAUACAAAAUCAAGCUAAAUAUUACCCAGUCAGAAACAUCAGCCUAUUUAUUUCCUUAGUUCUCACAAAGGAGCUAACUAUAAUUAUGUACUGUGCAAACAGAUCAGUAGUGAGUGGUUGGUGAGUGAAAGAUGAGUUAGGUUGAAGAAAAGAUACGUUUUAUUAAUACUUAUAAGCCACUUUGUUCAUGUUUCCUUUUCAGUAGCAGUUAGGUUUAUUCUUGUUAACUGAGUAAUGAUAUAAGAGAGGUUCGUCUUUUGCUCCCACACAAGCAUUCAUUUGUUGUUUUAGUGAUGAUAUCAUGUCAAAAACUUGAAAAUUUUUGUCACAAUAUAAGAAUUUCUUGAAACAAAAAUCUAAAUUUUUAAAAAUUCUCUUAACUCUCUGCAUUUAAUCUUCACCUGUCCAGAUCUUGACUCUGGGAAUGUCACACUUAUCCCCAGAUGGAACAUGUGAGAUUUAUCUGAAAAAGCAUCACAACCCACAGCUAGUAUAGAAACCUAGCUAGUUUACAGCCAUGUGGAUAAGAACAAUCUUUGAUUCCAAAGGGAGAGGAAAGUGCUUGGCAUCUUGCUUUUUUGUUAAGGACAAAACAACAACAUGAAGACAAAAUGUUUUUUGUUGUCCGUUCAUUAAACUAUAGAAGAAUAUUUUGACUGUUUAUCCUUACAUUAUGAAUGGACUCUGCCGAGCCGUCAGACCCGUGUGGCGUUGUCGGUAGCAGUAAAGCCCCUGACACUCCGAAGGCUGAAAGACGGUACUGAGCACGAUGAAAUGGGGGUCAGAAUCUUUGAAAAUUAUUUUAUCAUGUUUUUUUUAUUUCCCCCUCUUUAUAAAUUACAAGGAUUUUCCAUUCAAUAAAGAUAAUCUUUUCCUAUAA